UCACAUGUCCACUUUUAUUUCCCAAUGAAUCAUCCGGACUGAACUGAACUCCUCUGGACUAAUUCACCAGCAACAUGACCGAAGCGUCGAUUAUUAAGACAGUUUGUGCUCAUAAUGGAUCAAUGAAUCAUGAUGACUUGCUGUCCAAAUUCAGUCCCUUUAAUGAAGUUAUUGAUAGAAUGGUCAACAAGAGUGAAUCUUGUGCUGUUGUGUCAGUGAACGGACAGAAGAAAGUGAUCAUCAGAACUAAAGUUCGGCUGUGCAGAGCCCAAAACUGCCCGGGCUGCGAAAAUAUACAUCUGUGCAAAUUGUACCUUUUCGGUUCAUGUCGCUUUGCUACAGGAUGGCGAGGCUGUCGUUUCAGUCAUGAUGUGAUGUUGGGUCAGAAUGCAUCCGUUCUAUCUGCUCAUAAUCUGAACACACUGGACACAAGAGAACUCUGUGUAGUGUUACUACAGUCUGACCACACUCUCCUACCAGCGGUGUGUUAUUCUUAUAAUAACGGCACGGGACAGUACGGCCGCUGUCAGGACGGAGAGAACUGUAGGAGACUUCACAUCUGUGAGAAAUAUCUGUGCGGGCCGUGUGAAUGUCCCCGAGCUCAUGAUUUCUAUGAGCCUCAUCCACUGAAGACCCUGCAGGACAGAGGAGUGCCCACUGAACUCAUGGCCAUCAUUAAGGAGAUCUACUCAAAUAUUCAAGCCCUGAAGAAUCAGUCCAGAUACACAAACACUGCUGGACAGAACAACAGAAGAGGCCCGAACACACAGAACCGGAGGCCCUCGAGCACCGUUACUGCAGGCCGGCCCUUCCAGACAUCUAUAGAGAAAACAGAGAUCUGCAUGUUCUACAUCAAAGGACACUGCAUACACGGAGACUUCUGUAGAAAAGAGCAUUCCAGCGUGCCGUAUAAAUGGGAAUUUAAAGAAGGAUCUGAAUGGACAGCUCUUCCUGACAAUGAGGCAAUCGAGAAAGAUUACUGCAAUCCUGCAAACACAUACAGCUCUGGAAUCAACCCGAUUUAUUUCGAUACGAUGACCCGAGGACUUGAGAGUGUGCGCCGGUUGUCUACAGUCCCAUCAGUGAUUCAGCCCACCUUCAUUCUGUCCACUGAGUGGCUCUGGUACUGGGAGAACGAGUUUGGAAACUGGAUCCAGUAUGCAACAGCUGAAGUGGGUCAAAGGUUGUCAUCCAUCACGAGUGAGGAACUUGAGCAGAAAUAUCAGACGGACAGCGGUGCUGUGCUGGAGUUCACAGCCGGAUCACAGACGUAUCAACUCAGCUGUGCAGAUAUGAUCCAGACAAACAAAUGCUACGGCACCAAAAGGCUCGUCAGACGUCGUCCUAAAUUCGUGUCGGCAGCUGAAGCACAAACCAUCAAGACGACUAAAAGAGCUCCGAGUAACUUCAAAGCUCUGCCGACACACUGGAAUAAAGCUCUGACUCCUGACGCGGGAUACAAGAGAGUGUCGCUGCAGACUUCAGACGGUGAAUACAGUGAAAUCAAACGGCUCUUCACGACCACCAUGAGCGGCUUUGACAUUCUGCAGAUUGAGAGAAUCCAGAACAAAGCAUUAUGGCAAGUGUUUCAAUGGCAGAUGGAUCUCAUGAAGAAGAACAAUGGGGGCAGAGAUGUGGCAGAGAAGCAGCUCUUCCAUGGCACAGACCCCACGCAUGUGGAUGCCAUCUGCCUGAACAACUUCGACUGGCGGAUCUGUGGAACUCACGGCACGGCGUACGGCAAAGGUAGUUAUUUUGCUAGCGAUGCCAGUUACUCCCACGGCUACACGGUGGAUUCAGGGACUCGCUCCAUGUUCGUUUGUCGUGUUCUAGUUGGCGACUACACCACAGGUCAUUCCAGCUACCUCCGGCCGCCCUCCAAAGAUGGAGGAGACACGAUCUUCUAUGACAGCUGUGUCAAUGACGUCUACAACCCCUCCAUAUUUGUUGUGUUUGAAAAGCACCAGAUCUACCCCGAGUAUCUCAUCCAAUACCAAGAUAAAAUCCAUACCGCAGUCCGAUGUCAGCGAGGAGAAUAAGACCGGUUUCUAUACACAGCGCAAAUCCCACCACCACAUUCAGUCGCUCAAACAUCUUUAACAUACCUUUAUAAGAGUUGGGACAUAUCUGUACCAUCCCAACCUAAAUCUACACCAAUGCAAAUGAUUCAGUGUGAUUACCUCAAAAUCAACCUUUAGACAUUAAACGCAACGAUCUCAUGGAUCAUGACUCUUUUGUAGUGUAUAGCGACAAACAGGUGUUUAGUGCCUAUAGCCUCGUCGCAACCUUGGACUAGGGUUUAGUCACGCUUCUUAACGUCUGUCCUUAAACAUGCUGUGCAUUUCUUUGAUUUACCCUCGCAUAGCAAAACGUCCUGGCUUACGUCACAUUUCAGCUAUCACAACUACAUUGUAAAAAUGUUUUUAAAAAGUGGAAACGUUCUGAUAACGUCUAACAUGUCAUUUAUCAAAGUCCACACAUAGAUAUAGAUAGAUAGAUAGUCAUAAAUCCACAUAGAAGCGUGUUUGCCAAAAGUUGACCCUUGUUGUAUUGGGAGUCCAUAGAGUAACUUUAGGAUAGAUCAGGGGUGUAAAUAGAACUCCUAAAUGAUAGUUUAGUAUUGUUAUGUCAUGUAUGAUAGAGGAGGCCAUGUAAUGAUGUUGUUAUUCAUCUCAUGUGUUUUCUGACUGUCGGUUUGGUUCAUGUUUAAGGUAAUGAGGUCAUAAAUCUCUAAGAACAUUAAACUUCAGUUCGGGAGAAUCUGUCACUCAGAAUGUACCCGAGACCUGUAAUGUGCCACAUCAGUUUACUGUCACUGUCCCGCCGCAGUGUUCAUUGCACGGGAGAAUUGAACAUAAGUUUGAAUUAAGUUAGUAAUGUUGUUGGUUUUGUGAAUUGUUCUCUGAGGUUCGCUAUUAAACCUUGUUGUUGAGCGGAUGGAUU